AUGCCUGACCUGGCCUCUGACGCGACAGCUUAUGCUUCCCCGGCUUACUACACUGAGACCUCAAAAUGUUACUCAGCUCCAAGUUACGCAACAACUGUGUCUUACUACCACUACAGAGGCGCCCAAGCCACAGAAUACUACACUACGAAGGCUCCCGAGUACUACAAAACAACGUGUGCUGCACAAAAUUAUUACACUGAAGCUCCAAAGUAUUACUCAGCUCCAACCUACUACCAAACUGAAUCCUCCAAAUACUACACCACAAAAGCGCCAGAGUACUACACAACAACGUACCCCGAGUACUACCCUGCACCGAGCUAUUACACAGAGGCGCCAGUGUAUUAUUAGACAACAACGUACGCCACUCAAAGCUACUACACCGAAGCUCCCGCCUACUAUACCACAAAGGCCCCUGAGUAUUACACCACAACCUACGCUUCUCCGUCUUACUACACUGAGGCCUCAAAAUAUUACUCAGCUCCGAGCUACACAACAACUGUGUCGUACUACACCACGACAGAGGCGCCCAAGUACUACGUGGCUCCAACAUACUACCCCGUAGCUGCCCCGUCUUACUAUGCUGAGCCUGCAUACUACGCUGAAGCCCCGAAGUCUUACGCUGCUCUAAGUUACUACCCAACGACUGCUCCUUCGUACUACGUGGAACCUAGCUACUACACCACAACUUAUGCUGCCCCGUCUUACCACACAGAGGCUCCUCAAUACUACACCACGAAGGCUGCUGAAUACUAUACCACGACUUACGCCGCUCCAGCCUAUUACAGUGAGGCUCCUCAGUACUACACUACAAAGGCUCCCGAGUACACAACAUAUGCUGCGCCAAGCUACUAUACCGAGCCUCCCAUGUACUACACCACAACAUACGCCGCUCCAGCUUACUACACCGAAGCUACCAAGUAUUACUCAGCCCCAAGCUACUACCCGACUGAGGCGCCACAAUACACCACCACGUAUGCUGCUCCAGUUUAUUACACCGAAGCUCCUGAAUACUACACCACAAAGGCUCCUGAAUACUACACGACUAAAGCCCCGGAGUAUUACACACAGAAGGCUGAGUACUACACCACAACGUACACUGCCCCGGCUUACUACGCUGCAGCUCCCAAGUAUUACCAGACUGAGGCUCCGCAAUACUACACCACCAAGGCGCCGGAAUACUACACCACAACGUAUGCUGCUCCGAGCUACUAUUCCGAAACCCCCAAGUACUACGCCACUACCUACGCUGCCCCGGCUUAUUACACCGAGGCUCCGCAAUACUACACCACCAAGGCUGUUGAAUACUACAUGACGAAAGCCUCGGAGUACUACAUCAAGAAAGCAGAAUACUACACCACAACUUACGCAGCUCCAUCUUACUUCACUGAGGCUCCCCAAUACUAUACUACAACGGCCCCCGAGUACUACACCACACCGUAUGCUGCACCAAGCUAUUACACUGAGCGUCCCAGGUAUUAUUAAUCGUAAAAAUACGUU